AUGUUCGUUACUGGUGCCAUUAUUUAUGUGACCCUAACAACCUAUAAAUAUCUCGUUCUACGCCGAAUUUUCUCUUUCUGCGUAUCUACAUUUUCGCAUCCGGACCAAAGCAUACGCAUGGACUAUUUCGACGACCUGGAUAAAGAGGCCAUGAGCGCAUUCUAUGAGCUCGAUGGUGACACCACCUUAUAUGGAGGCACGAAAUACGCAAUGGCACUAUCCUCUGAGAUAAGCAGUCUCAUUCGGUCAAGCACAAACAACAAAAGGCCGGAUCAAAGAUCAAUCCGAACACAAUGCAAUAUGGACUACCUUUUGAAGAUGGACGAGCCACUUACUCCGGCAAUACUCGCAUCUGCUGCUAUCCUCCCCUCACAACCAAGAAUUAUCCAAGGCGAAAGCGAUAAUGGCGUCGCACAAUUCUGCCAAAUCAGCGGAUUUGAUGUUCCCAACAUCAAGCGCUGGCUUGAGAAGAACUAUCCUGCCAUUGCCCCUGUAUUUGCUCCUAUAAACAAAGCAGGCAAGGCUUUAUCGCCCUUCUCCGCAUGUCCAACUCUUGGUCUGGACACGACUCUACCCCAACACCGGACUACAAGCGCUGUUUCCUUCGUGCACUACCCUAAGCAGAGCCAGUAUCCGGUUUGGUACUUCUUCUACGGUACGCUAGCAAAUUCUUCGUUCCUGGCCAACUUGUUCUCUUUAGCGCCUGGGGACGUACCAGCACUGCUCCCGGCCUAUAUACAGGGAGGAAAGCUCCAGACCUGGGGAGGGAUGUAUAAGGCUUUGGUUGACAAUCCUGGUUCGCAUGUGGAUGGAUGGGCCUACAAAGUCUCUUUCCAAGAACAAGAAGACGCCUUGCGCAUGUACGAGACAGCUAAAUACGAAAUAGUGAGGGUAGCUAUCGAAGUGACCGGGGGCUCAGGCACUAAGCGUGUUCAAGGCUGCACGUUCCGUUUCGCAGGCGAUGAAACCGAGCUGGACUGA